AUGAAGGGGAUUUUUCAGGAACUAAGCUUUGAAGUUUUUUUUUUUGCGAAUUCAAUAGAAGACCCUUUGAGAGCGUUCAAUGGAUUGUAUUUAUUUUUCACUUUACAAUCAUUAAUACGAUUGCAAUUGUAUGUUUGUAAAAAAUUCUAUUCUUCAAGGCAAAAGGAAGUUAUGAAGAGCGCUUGUAAUUGCGCGGUGUUCGCUGUUCCGGGCACAGAACCGAUAAUACAACACAUGCUUCCAUGCAAUGUGAGCUGUGAUCGAGAAGGACUUGAAAAAUGUCAAAAAUUAUGUAUUGCCUUGGUUGAAACUGUUCGAGAUAACGUACCAAUGCUGAUUUGUGAGAAAGUAAACAUGCAUAUCGAAAAUUUAAAAGUCGCUCUAUAUAUAAAAUCAUGUGAUUCUUUUUGGGUAUUCACUGGUUUGAAAAGUGCAGAGCCUAUUUGCUGUCACGAAGGGAAGGCAUUUUCUUGUAACGAAGCGAUGCCAACAAUAGAAAAUUAACGAGAAGCAUUAUUUCUUGUUCAUUUACUAAUGAAUAUCUUACUAUUGAUUACUACUA